AUGGUAUGGGGCCAGGCCGAUAUCGUUGAUGAGAUGCGCGUUCUGCACACAUUUGAUCCGUGCAAGUUGCGAUUUUCUUUUUACACAGCCUUUAAAAAACGAUUAAGCAGCUCCAUUUGGUCUCAGACCGCAAAAGAAGUUCAAAGCGUAAGCCUCGGACUCAGGAACAGUGUCAGUACCCUCAACCUUGAAGGUGAUGGUGCAUCCCUUUGGGAAGUAGAGGGUGUCACCAGGGGUGAUGUUGUAGGAAGCUCCAGUCUCAUCGCUGAUGGUGAACUUUCCGUGGACCUCGACGUUGAUCUUCAUCUCGUCAUAGUCGUAAGGGUAAACCAAUGCCUCUCCAGCCUCCUGUCUGUAGAAACCGCAAGAGAUUUGCUUAUCGGUUGGGGCAUCAGAGGUGAAGGUGUCCGACAAGAAUGCGUUGUUUCCUGGAGCAGGAAUGGCAGUUGGCUUGACGGAGUAACCGUUCUCGGUGUGGGACUUGUGGAAAAGAGGCAUGAUACUCUCAGGUAG